AUGUCAACCAGGCCACAGCAGGAUCAGCUUAGAGAUAUCCAUGAGGUUCACCUGGAGACACAAUUGGAACUUCUACCCAUGGUAUCCAAUCAAGAUCGUACUGGACCUGCCACAAAUACACCACUUCAAUCACGCUCUGAAGGUCCAAAUCGAGACUAUGCAAGCUUAGAACUUAAGAUUUUAAACUCUCGUCCUCAAUAUUAUCCACCCUUAAACUUCUCUCUAGUAGAAGAUGGAAUAUAUAGGUCAGGAUUCCCGAUGCCGAUAAAUUAUCCGUUUUUAGAGCAACUCGGAUUAAAGACAAUCAUUUAUUUGGGAGACUUGGGAAUGGAAAAGAAAAAGUCAAAAAAAGAUAAACCUAAAAAGGAUUCAAAAGAAAAACUGGAAAAGAAACCCAAGGACAAGCAUGGUAGUACUGAAAUCUUGGAUAGUUAUAAGAAAUGGGUAGCUGAAACAACCGAUGCUAAACUUUAUCAUUUACCCAUGGAAUCAUCACAGGAACCAUUUGUUCUGGCCCAAGUACAGGCCCAAGAAUCGCUUACAGCUGCUCUCCAAUUAAUGUUAGAUAAAAAUAAUUUCCCCAUGCUUAUUCAUUCGAAUAAAGGGAAACAUCGCAUUGGUGUUCUCGUUGGAUUAAUGAGAAAACUACUUCAAGGAUGGUGUAUGAGUGGAAUCUUUGAAGAAUAUGAAAAGUUUGCCAUGGGUAAGUCCGAGUAUGACUUGGAAUGUAUAGAAAUUUGGCAACCCGAAUUAUGGGUUGAUGAGGACUCAAAGCCGGACUUUGUGCGGCUGUAA